GGCUCUGCCAGCAGACAGCCUUGGCACACAGGCACAAGAGCUGGAGCCCAGAGAUGAGAGUGCCCACAAGAGAUGAGGCUCAGAGGAGUGAGUCCCUUGCCCAGGCUCGUUCAGCCAGGAAGUGGCAGAGCUGGGAUUUGAAACCCGGCCUCCCGGACUCCUUGAAUGACCAGAGACUUCAGCCCUCACUUUGCUUCUGGAAAGAGAUGUGAGCCUGGCGGGCUGCCAGCUAACCUGUCGCUGAAGCCCCAGAAGCGGGUCCUCAGGCCGGGCCUGCCCCGCCUCCGGCCCAGCAUGCGCCUGUCGGUGCGGAGGGUGCUGCUGGCAGCUGGCUGUGCCCUGGUCCUGGUGCUGGCGGUUCAGCUGGGGCAGCAGGUGCUAGAGUGCCGGGCAGUGCUGGCCGGCCUGCGGAGCCCCCGGGGGGCCAUGCGGCCGGAGCAGGAGGAGCUGGUGAUGGUGGGCACCAACCACGUGGAAUACCGCUACGGCAAGGCCAUGCCGCUCAUCUUCGUGGGCGGCGUGCCUCGCAGUGGCACCACGUUGAUGCGCGCCAUGCUGGACGCCCACCCCGAGGUGCGCUGCGGCGAGGAGACCCGCAUCAUCCCGCGCGUGCUGGCCAUGCGCCAGGCCUGGUCCAAGUCUGGCCGUGAGAAGCUGCGGCUGGACGAGGCGGGGGUGACGGAUGAGGUGCUGGACGCCGCCAUGCAGGCCUUCAUCCUGGAGGUGAUUGCCAAGCACGGAGAGCCGGCCCGCGUGCUCUGCAACAAGGACCCAUUUACGCUCAAGUCCUCGGUCUACUUGUCGCGCCUGUUCCCCAACUCCAAGUUCCUGCUGAUGGUGCGGGACGGCCGAGCCUCCGUGCACUCCAUGAUCACACGCAAAGUCACCAUCGCGGGCUUCGACCUCAGCAGCUACCGCGACUGCCUCACCAAGUGGAACAAGGCCAUCGAGGUGAUGUACGCCCAGUGCAUGGAGGUGGGCAAGGACAAGUGCCUGCCUGUGUAUUACGAGCAGCUGGUGCUGCACCCCAGGCGCUCACUGAAGCUCAUCCUCGACUUCCUUGGCAUCGCCUGGAGCGACACUGUCCUCCACCAUGAAGACCUCAUUGGCAAGCCGGGUGGUGUCUCCCUGUCCAAGAUCGAGCGGUCCACGGACCAGGUCAUCAAGCCUGUUAACCUGGAAGCGCUCUCCAAGUGGACUGGCCACAUCCCUGGGGACGUGGUGCGGGACAUGGCCCAGAUCGCCCCCAUGCUGGCCCAGCUCGGCUAUGACCCUUAUGCAAAUCCCCCCAACUACGGCAACCCUGACCCCAUCGUCGUCAAUAACACACAGCGGGUCUUGAAAGGGGACUAUAAAACACCAGCCAAUCUGAAAGGAUAUUUUCAGGUGAACCAGAACAGCACCUCCUCCCACUUAGGAAGCUUGUGAUUUCCAGAUCUCUGCAAAAGAACUUCAUUGCCAAGAAGAGAAGAAACUGCAUUUAAGUGGAAAUCGGACCUCUAAUCCAAGCAUAUUGCUUGCUAUUAAUCGCCAAAACAGGACUGCUGAUGAGGAAUGUAUUUGCAUAUGUUUGCAAAAGCUGAAUCAUUGAAAAUGUACCUUGAAACUCUCUAUCUUUGGACACGCCAGGGUAGAGAACGAAGGGUAUGGAAGUAGUCCGGCUUUUGAAACUUAGGUAUUUUAUAUUUUUCCCCUCAAGAACUUUUUUUUAAGAGACAGAUUUGCCAUCCUCCUUAAUUUGCAGGACUGCCUUGGUGGCUUUGUUUGCUGGGACAAGGCCCACAAACUGUGCCUCUCCUAUUGACCCUUACUUUGAAUUCAAAGAAUCUAUUUAAGAAUUUAAUAUAUGAGGCUUUCUUUGAUUCCUCCUCAGUUCUACCUAGUUUCACAGAGAAAAAAAAUACUCUUUGAAUAAAGUGAACAGGGGCUCAUUUGUUUAUGCCUUACUUUA